AUGGCAUCAGAUAGAGAAUCUGGAUAUUCAAGACGCAGAAGAAGAGCAAGUGAUGAUAAUAACGAUUAUAGUGAUGGCGAUCCUCAUAGAAAUUUUGAUUCACAAGAAGUAGAUAAUCCCCCAUCUUCUCCUCAGGUUGGAAACGCUAGUCAAAGAAUUGAGGCUCCCUUGGGGUCACCGGACGAGAUUGACUUUGAGAAUCCUGAUAAUGAUGGUAGCGAAAGAGUUGAGUUCGAGGAAGACCUUGAGGAUGCCGAGGAAAAGAUGGAUCAGGUUGAUUUGAUUGACGAUGGAAUGUAUGCUGAUUAUCGUGAAAAUAGAAACAAAGAUUUCUACGAAACGGAUGGUAUUGAUGAUAAGGAACAAGAGGACCUGUCAAUUGCAGAUCGUAGAAGAGUUGAUGCUCAGUUGAAUGAAAGAGAUCGGCUGCUGUCAAAUAGAACGGCUUUCUUUGAUGAAGAUAUGGAAUCUGGUGGGGCAGAACCAGAGUUAGACGCUAUGGGCAUGCCUGUCCAGAGACGUCGUAUGAGGCACCAGUAUGAUGAUGUGGAGUAUGAUGAUCUGCUAUCGGAUAUGGACAUGGAUCCUUUGGCUGAGGAGCUUACGUUAGAAUCUUUGAGUGAUGUCAAAGCAUCAAGUUAUUCCGAAUGGAUUACCCAACCGAACGUUUCUCGUACAAUUGCUCGUGAAUUGAAAUCCUUUAUUCUUGAAUAUACAGACGAGUCUGGUAAAUCUGUUUAUGGUGCACGUAUUAGAUCUCUUGGUGAACUUAAUUCGGAGUCUCUGGAGGUGAAUUUUAGGCAUUUAGCUGAAUCUAAGGCUGUACUAGCUUUGUUUCUUGCUAGAUGUCCGGAAGAGAUGCUUAAAAUUUUCGAUGCUGUUGCAAUGGAAGCAACGCAGUUACAUUAUCCUGAGUAUACUCGAAUUCACUCUGAGAUUCAUGUCCGGAUAUCAGACUUCCCAACUAUACAUAACCUGCGAGAACUACGUGAGACAAACCUAAAUUCACUGGUGCGUGUCACUGGUGUUGUUACAAGAAGAACUGGGGUCUUCCCGCAGUUAAAGUACGUGAAGUUCAAUUGUUUAAAGUGUGGUUCUAUUUUAGGUCCUUAUUACCAGGACUCCAAUGAAGAAAUUAAAAUAUCCUUCUGUACCAAUUGUAGAUCGAAGGGUCCAUUCAGGACUAAUAUGGAAAAGACCCUAUAUCGUAACUAUCAGCGAUUGACUCUUCAGGAAUCUCCAAGUACCGUUCCAGCGGGCCGGUUGCCUCGUCAUAGAGAGGUCAUUUUGUUAUGGGAUCUGGUUGACACGUCAAAACCCGGAGAAGAAGUAGAAGUUACUGGGAUUUACAAGAACACCUACGAUGGAAAUUUAAAUGCCAGAAAUGGGUUUCCAGUUUUUGCAACCGUUAUAGAAGCCAAUUCCGUAAAGAGAAGGGAGGGAGGCCUUCGCAGUGAUGGUGCAGGUACAGAUGAAGGACUAGAUACUUUCAGUUGGACUGAAGAAGAGGAACGAGAAUUUAGGAAGAUGUCUCGUGACCGUGGGAUAAUUGAUAAGAUUAUUUCGUCCAUUGCUCCUUCCAUAUAUGGCCAUAGAGAUAUUAAAACUGCCAUUGCAUGCGCAUUAUUUGGAGGUGUUUCUAAGAAUGUUAACGGCAAACAUUCGAUUAGAGGUGACAUAAAUGUCCUUCUACUGGGUGAUCCAGGUACAGCCAAGUCCCAAAUCUUAAAGUAUGUGGAGAAAACUGCACACAGAGCUGUUUUCUCGACCGGUCAGGGUGCAUCUGCCGUUGGUUUGACCGCAUCUGUUAGGAAGGAUCCUAUUACAAAAGAAUGGACUCUAGAAGGAGGUGCAUUGGUGCUUGCUGAUAAAGGUGUAUGUCUAAUAGAUGAGUUCGACAAAAUGAAUGACCAGGAUCGUACAUCCAUUCAUGAAGCAAUGGAGCAACAAAGUAUUUCUAUCUCCAAAGCAGGAAUUGUGACUACACUGCAGGCGAGAUGUUCUAUUAUUGCGGCAGCCAAUCCAAAUGGUGGCCGUUACAACUCUACCCUUCCUUUGAGCCAAAAUGUUAAUUUAACAGAGCCAAUUUUAUCAAGAUUCGAUAUUCUUUGUGUUGUAAGAGAUUUAGUUGAUGAAGAUACUGAUGAGCGAUUAGCUACAUUUGUUGUGGAUUCUCAUGCCAGAUCACAUCCAGAAUCUGAUUUACAUCAACAGGAGAAUGAAGAUCAAAAUAUGGAUGGUGCUGAUGAUGAUAAUACCAUCCCUUUAUCUGCGAGACAGAGAAGGUUACAAAGGCAUAGAGAAAAGGAAGGUGAGAUCUCACCAAUUCCUCAGGAGACGCUAAUAAAAUAUAUUCACUAUGCAAGAACCAAGGUAUAUCCAAAAUUACACCAGAUGGAUAUGGAUAAAGUGGGUAAAGUUUAUGCUGACUUGAGAAGGGAAAGUAUAACAACAGGAUCUUUCCCAAUUACCGUCCGUCACCUGGAAUCUAUCUUAAGAAUAGCCGAAGCUUUUUCCAAAAUGAGACUAUCAGAGUUUGUAUCACAGUGGGACUUAGAUAGAGCAAUCAAGGUGACAGUUGACAGUUUUGUUGGCGCACAGAAGAUUAGUGUUCGUCGCCAAUUGCAAAAGACAUUUGCAAUUUACACCUUGGGUCAAAGGGAUUAA